ACGAGGAGGCAUAAUCAAUCACCCAAAGGCAUACAACAUCAACCGGCAUAAUGGGUAAAAAGAGAGUUGGCGCAUUGGAGAAGGUUGAUGCGGAUCUGUAAGAUUCCAAUUGCCUUUUUUCUUCUGACCAUUGCUGACCUCUUCAGUCCGAAUUUACAAUACAAGAUUCGAAGAGAUCCAAAGUAAGUACACACUUUCCAUAAUGGCAACGAGAUCAUCAUUAACAUUUAUACCAGAUCAUAUGCAGAAGAUUUCUUGAAUCAAUAUGGACAAUAUCAAUCACAGAGAGACAUUUAUAUGUCUUCUCCUUCCACAGCCACAUCUGGCGGCAUCGUAUCAUUUCACGACCUUAUCGAUUUCGUCGCACAUUGUUCGGACUGUUUCCCAGAAGAUACCGCAGAGUUUCCAGUGGAUCUCAAACAGAUUCUCACUUUACAUCAUGCUGAGCUUGAGAGCGAAUUGCGCGAGAAGAUUGUGGGCAGUUUAGUAUUAUUGCGACGAAAGGAAGUGAUUGAUUCAGCCAACCUUCUUAACACACUGUUUCCAAUACUGGUAGCUACUCCCAGUAAAACUCUGCGCACGCUACUAUUCCAGAAGAUCCUAUCAGAUCUCCGAACUUCAAAUUCAAAAAGCAUCAACCAUCGUCUCAAUCGAACAAUGCAAACAGCAUUAUUCAAUCUUCUCACAUCCGAUCGAACAUCUUCAAAGGGAAUCUGGGCUGUUAAAAUUACAAGAGAAUUAUGGAAGCGACAGAUAUGGACAGAUGCGAAAGCUGUCGAGAUUAUGAAGGAAGCUAGUUUGUCAGAUAAUGAGAAGGUUAUUGGAGGUGGAGUACGGUUUUUCCUGGGUGGUGACAAGGAAAGAGAGGAGAUGGAGGACGAAAGCAGUGAUGAGGAAGCCAUUGAUAUUGGUAAACUGAAGCAUCAAGUUGGAAUUAAUAAGAAGACAAAGAAGAAGACGAAGUCAUUAGAAAAAGCCGUCGAAAAGGUACGAAGGAAGGAAAAGAAGAGCAAAGCACCUCACCCCUUGAACUUCUCCGCGCUGCACCUCUUGCACGAUCCCCAGGGUUUCGCCGAAUCCCUAUUUUCGAAGCAUCUUCAAAAUUCAAAGUCGAAACUAAACCUUGAACAAAAACUUAUUGUCCUACAAUUGGUCUCACGACUUGUUGGUCUGCAUAAGCUUACAGUAAUCUCAUUAUAUUCAUACUUCACCAAGUACCUUACACCACGACAACCAUCAGUUACCUCAUUUUUGGCAUCUCUAGCUCAAGCAACACAUAAUCUUGUUCCACCCGAUGCUUUAGAACCUCUGGUACAGAAAAUUGCCAAUGAGUUCGUCUCUGAAGCAUCGGCUUCGGAGGUUGCUGCUUCUGGACUUAACGCUAUUCGAGAAAUCUGCGUGCGACAACCUUUAGCUAUGAACGACACACUUCUUCAAGAUCUUAUCAUGUACAGGAAGAGUAAGGAUAAGGGAACAAUGAUGGCUGCGAAGGGAUUAUUAUCCUUGUACCGUGAAGUUGGAGCUGAUAUGUUGAAGAAAAGAGACAGAGGAAAGACAGCGACCAUGGGACUUAAGGCUGGUUCUAUCAAAGAGAGACGCUUUGGUGAGGAAGAAGUCGGUGGUAUUGAAGGUAUCGAAUUGCUUGAACAGUGGAAGGAAGAUGAAAGGAAGCGGAAACGGGCUGAACAAGGAUUGCCUGAAGAAUUGGGCACAGAUGAGGAAGAAGACGAUGAAGAAGAUUGGAAUGCCUGGGAUGUGGAAUCUGAUGCGGACAGUGAUGAAGGUGGUUGGAUCAACGUCGAGAGUGAUGCUGAAAUUGAAAUCAGUGAUAGUGAAGAUGAAAAGCCUGCCGCGAAGAAAGCGAAGCUCGACAUCAAAGAUGCCGAAAAGUCAGGAGACGCUGAGAAGGAGAAUGCCGAUAAAGUUCUUGAGCAAAAGAUCUCAACAUAUGCAACCACUAAGAUUCUCACUCCUGCUGAUCUUGCAAAGCUUCAAGAGCUUCGUCUUGAGGCCAGCGUGAAUAAAGCAAUGGGUGGGAGAACACAAUCUCAACGAAUGAAAGACGCUGCAGCAAGACACGCAGAUGAUGCUUUGACAGCUGACCAAAUCGAAGGUUUCUCUAAGUUACAAAAGAAUACCAGAGAAGAGAAGAUAGCAAUGGCUAGAGAAGGGAAGGGUGAGCGUAGUGAGCAUAAGUCAACCAAGGCACUUAGGAGAGCAAAGAAGGAUGCCGAGGGCAAGAGUACCACAAAUCAAGAGAAAUCAAGAAAGAAGAAUUUCAUGAUGACGUUGGGUAAGGCUAAAAGUAAGCAAAAGAGAAGUUUGCAACACACUAGAAGGGUGCUCAAGGGUCAUAUUGAUAGGACUAAACGGGGUGGCAAAAGAGGAAAUAUCGGAUGUUAAUUCCUUGGGCUUAAUACUAAAUAAUAGAAAGCAAUUUCAUACAGUUUC